UGCUUUGGGAAAAGAUUGCAGAGGCUUCCUAAAAUGUAUCUUCUUGUUUAUUACCUGUUGAAGAAUAUUCUCAUCUGUUGCAGGAAAACAAAGGAUUUACAGUUUUCUGUAUGUUGGAACAGGGAUAAUUUUCUUCUCUUUCUUACUCUGUCUACACUGCUGAAGAUAUUUGUAUCUAAGUAUGUGACAGAAAUGAAUUUGCAAUUUUUCAAUGAGGUACUUCUCUUUACAUUGUAUUUUUUCCAAAUUUCUCACCUUGUUUAUUUUCUAUGUAUUUCUUUCCUUCAGUGUUUUCCAAGUGGCACAAAAAGGCCUUGAGAGGGCUGUGUGGCCAGCUGCGGGGACUAAGCGUGUCUCGUCUUCUUUCAGAACACGCAGGUGGCAUAAAAAGUAGAGUAUCAGGUGAUCUCCGCCAUCCACUUACAGAACACGCAGAAAUAAAUCAGCGAUUUGAGCAGCUGCAAGGAGAAAUGUUACUCCAAGAAUGAAGCAAUAAAACAUCUCCGCAGAACCGUAUGAUUGAGAACGCAGUUCAACCCUCCUCUGCUGCUGAACAUGCUUUAAUCCUCCUGCCCCACUCACCCACUGUUGCAGUAACACAGAUGGAUCGUAGCAGAGAAGCAGAAAUGGCAUUACGGAGAUCCUCCAGCCCAGGCAAGCUGAGCAAGAACGACAUGGAUGCUGACAAGACCAUGUGCCACAGCUGCUGCAUUUGUGGUAAAAGUUUCCCUUUUCAGAGCUCCUUAUCGCAGCACAUGAGGAAGCACACAGGUGAGAAGCCCUACAAAUGCCCUUACUGCGAUCACAGAGCUUCCCAAAAAGGCAACCUGAAGAUCCACAUCCGUAGCCACAGGGCAGGCACUUUAAGUCAGGGACAUGAGGUGGAGAUGGGAGAGGCUCAGCUGGGCGAGAUGGGAGUGUCGGAGGGCCUUGGCGGCUGCACCAGCCCCACCAAAAGCACGUCUGCCUGCAACAAGAUCUUGAAUGGUAGUGCUCAGUUAGACAGCAGCAAGAUCUUGUUAAGAAGCAGCAAAAAGGACAUCACAGAGGUGACGCCUGCUGAGGAGGAUGGCAAGCUGUCUGCUUACCCAUGCACCUUCUGCAAAAGCAGAUUUGAAAGGAAGAAGGACCUGGAGCAGCACCUGCACCAGAUCCACAAACCAUUCAAGUGCAGGCUGUGUAGCUUCAUGACCCUGAGGGAGGAGUCAUUGUUAAGCCAUGUGGAGAAGGACCAUGUUACUGCUCAGGUCCCAAAUGGGGAGGCCUACACUGAGAACUGCAAGAGUGAGCUGAGUGCCGGUGAGUUUCCUUGUGAAGUCUGUGGCCAGGCUUUCAGUCAGACCUGGUUCCUUAAAGCUCACAUGAAAAAGCAUAGGGGCUCAUUUGAUCACGGCUGCCACAUUUGUGGCAGAAGAUUCAAAGAGCCCUGGUUUCUCAAAAACCACAUGAAGUCACACGGCCCGAGAUCUGGGAGCAAAAACAAACUGAAAAACGAGCUGGAGCUCAUAGCCACUAUCAAUGAUGUGAUACAGGAGGAGACGAUUGUGACUGGCCUGUCCCUGUACGAAGUCUGCGCCAAGUGUGGAAAUCUGUUUACAAAUAUGGAAAGCCUAAAAGCACAUAAUGCUGUGCACUACCAGGCUCAGCGGGGCAGCACUGGGGAUAAAGCCGAGGGCUUAAUCGAUGGGAGCCUGAGCCCCUCAGUAACAAAGCAGUUUUUCUUGCAGUGUCUCAGUCUAAGGCCAUCUGUAGGGAUGGAUAGAGUUACAAGAGGACAGUCUGGAAAAAGAGUAGCUGAGCUGGAUCCAGUCAGUAGCUACCAAGCUUGGCAGCUGGCCACCAAAGGAAAAGUAGCAGAGCCCUCCGAGUAUGUGAAGUAUUUGGGGUGGGACGAGGCCCUGGCGGAUGCGGAUGUGACUUACGACAAAGAUAAGAGGGAGUACAUCCUCGUCAACCAGGAGAAGCGCAAGCGGGAGCAGGAUUCGCCCAGCUCUUCCAGCAACCCCAAGAAGAAGAGCUGUCCCAGCGGGCGCCUGGAGAAGGCCAGCAACGUCUUGCCCGGGGAGAGCUGCCCGCCUGCCCAGGGUGAUGUGGACUACCGUCCCUCCUCACGGCAGGGCAGGCGGGCCGCCCAGAACAAGUCCACCGAGUGCUUCGAGUGCGGCAAGAUCUUCCGCACCUACCACCAAAUGGUGCUGCACUCGCGGGUGCACCGCAAGGAACGGAGAAGCUGCCGUGAAGGUGGGACGGCCGCCCAGCCCGACCGCUAUGGCUCCAGCAGCGAAGAGGGGGACUUGGGUUCCGUCAGUGGGCCCAGCACACCUGACUCCGCGUCUGCUCUGGAGGACUCGGCCACCUCUGGCCUGGGGGAAGAGGGGGCUGAGGAGAGCUCAGAGGAGGGAGCGGCCGACCCCUCGCUAGAUGAAAAGCCAUACCGCUGCAGUUUUUCUGAAGAGGAAACCCCCAUGGUAACAUCUCAGUUGGAGGAAACUACAAAGCUGGGAAGCCACAACACCAGAGAAAAUGAGGCCAGUGAAUCUAAACCAGAGAUUCCAGCGUUGGUGUCCACAGUGGAGAGUGUCAUCAAGGAUCCCUUUUCGAAAUAUCAGGAUCUGAAAGGUUCUGCAGAUAUAAAGAUGCCAGCAUUUCACCACAGCCAAGGGCUUCCUUGCUCCAGUCACUUUGCUGGCUUUGUUUCAGGUGUGGGCCAGACAUCUUCAAACAUGGUCAUGGACUUGAAAACAUCACUUGAAAUGCAAGCUAGUCACUCUAGAGAAAAUUUACUAGACUUACACAGGGAGCAUCCUCUGAUAGAAAAAGGUGCUGAAGCUGAAGAGGCAGCUCCACUUGAUUUGAGUGAAAAAUCAACAAGGGAUAAUUCAUGCAAUAAAAAUUUGAAUAUAUCCUUGCAGGCUGCUUUAAUUAUCUACCCAUGUCCUUUCUGCAGUCACAAGACCUACUACCCUGAGGUCCUGUGGAUGCACAAAAGAAUUUUGCACAAAAUCAGCUGUAACUCAAUGGUACCCCCAUGGGUUCAACAGAAUGGAUUCAAGAGUAUUAAAAACAACCUGGUUUUCCUGGCAAGGAGUGGGCGUACUGGUCCCCCUCCUGCUCUUGGUGGUAAGGAAUGCCAGCCUUUGCCCGUUGCCAGAUUUACACGUACUCAAGUGCCAAGUGCAUUACCAGGGUCCAAAAGCAGUUCUCUUCCUGUUGGGAUGACUGCAAAGUCUGGGAGUAUGCAUCAAUCAAAGGACAGUCAUGCAUUUGGCCACUGUGGUCCUUGCUUAUCAGGUCUGGAUGGGUACAGACAGCCCAAAGUAAACCAUUCACAGGAGCAAUACAACACAGCAGCACAACAGCCUCCGCUGAAAAAUAAAUAUGAAGCAAAUUCCAAACUUAUGCAAAUGGGAGCCUAUAGUGGAAGCAUAACGCCUACUCAGACAGUCAUAUCCAGGCCUAGCAUGCAGCCUACCAACAGUAAACAAGUGGAAAAGUACGUGGUUCCCCAGGGAAGUACUGGUUUUCUCCCUUCAGGUAAGCACUGUGCAUCUGAUUCCAUGAAGGCCAAAUACAACCCACCACCGCAGUAUCAUCCCCUUUGCAAAAGCGAGCAGUACACUAAACAUGAAGAGCCAUCGGUGCCUCAGAGGGAGUCUCACAUAAAGGCUGGGAAUGAGAUGAGGACAUUGGCAAACUGCACAGCUGUGACACGAGCAAGUCCACUGAUGCAGCCCCAGCCUGGAGCAGCAGGAGUCUCCUCAGUUUUACACUCCAACAAACAGGAUCUGGGAUCAGAUGGGCAUGAGAAACGUUUGGACAUUUUAAAUAUCUUUAAAACAUACAUUCCAAAGGACCUUGCUUCGUUGUACCAAACCUGUGGUGCCAACAGCCCAGUCCUGGAUCACGCAGGGAUGCUUAGGACACAAACACGCCAAGGAGACUGCGUCUGCAGGGAAUGUGGAAAAUGCUUUAACCAACCCAGUCACCUCAGAACUCAUCAGAGGUCCCACACAGUGGUGUUUGAGUCUAAUGGACUCCGAGGUACUGAAGUUCACACCACCUCCGCAGAUGCCCCAAAACAAGGCAGAGACCACACCGGCGCCGACGUUGCCCACACGCUGCCUCUCCACAAGGGCACCUAGAGCCUCAGCCCGGGAGCCCCCCGUAGCCCCCGCCCCGCCGGCAUCCUGGCGUCCCUGCAGAGCACGGAUCAUCGCCUUGGCCGGCAGCACUGUGCGGCGUUGGGAGCGGCACCGCGCUCUGCUAGCAGGGGGUGCCGCCGCGCCGCUCGUCGUUGGGAAAUAAAUGAAGAUGCUACACGAGAUAUAUAUAAAUUGACGUACUAAUCAGUCCCAUGGUUCCUUAUUUCCUUUAUAAUAAACAGUGGAGUUGGCAAGCGCCGUGGCAGCACGAGGCAUCUAUAUUAAUCAAGAGAAGUUUGAGACACUGGAAAAAUUAAACUUUAUGUGAUUUGGACAGCAUGAAGAAGUUAAGCACUGUAACAAAAACCUCCCCGAUGCUCACAGUGACUAUUUGAUACAUUUGAAAAACAGCAGUGGAUUCGAGGGCUGGAGAAGUAUUAAUUAAUGAAACUGCCACUGCCUGUCAUGCUGAAAAGCAAAUUAAAAAAAAGAGAGAGAGAGGAAGAAGGGGGGUGUAGGAAGAAGGUGGCAUUCGGUGCUGAGAAAGCAAUGCUUGAUGAAGGAUUAAAGGGACUAAAGAGAAAGACCGUCACUCUGCAAUGGUUUGUUUCAUUACAGUUUGGGGACCACUUGCAUUUCUAGUGCUCUUGUUCUUGACUGCGCACCAUUAAUAGUAUGUGAAUAUGGAAAUGGAAACACUUCCACAGAAAAGCUUCUAUUCUGUUUGGGAAAAGAAAAGCUCGUUGAACACUAAGAAAAACAGGCUUCUGUGUUUUACUCUCAGGACCUUUUUUUGUAACAGGGCUACUUUCUUCGACCUGAUCACAAAGGAAGUCUUCACGUUUCAAACAAUUACAUAAAUAGACCUGCUCAGCUGUCUAAUGCCACCCAUCCAUAUGUUGCUAAUGGAGAAGGCGUCACGGAGUGCCUCAGCCCGAAGCUGUUCUGCUCCUCCAUGGGCCCGGCCACACUCUGAGAAGACGAGGUCCUUCUGUUGUGGUGGCAGGUUAAUGUUCAUACGAUGUGUCAUGUCUUGUACGCAGUGAUCACUGGUGGUGUUACGAGGGGGAAAAAGAAAAAAAAAAAAAGCUUUAUAUACCUCUUCUACAGUAACUCUUUAACUGCAAGUUU